AUGCAUUUCACCACAACCACCCUCCUCACCCUCCUCGCCGCCGUCAGCGCCGCCUCCUCUGUCCAGAACCUCGACCGCUGGGUGGUAACUAUCAGCCACGACUUCGCCGGCGGCGCUGGCUACAGCGAGAAACUGCACGCGGAAUUCCACUCCCCUUCCUACGAUAAGGCCCUCGUAACCGACUGCAAGGCUUCUUAUACCUAUUUGAAGGGACGUACAACGCCGAUUUGCACGUCGGAUUCGCUGACGUAUGAUUAUAAUAAUCAUACUCAGGUUUUCACUAUGCGCCAGUGUAUCACCAAGCCAUCCAAGAUGGUGGUGACGGGUGAAUCCACGGUCGAUAUCAAGGUGAAUGGUGGGAAGGAUCUGAGGCCUUAUACUGGUACAUUUACUGUUCCUGUUACGCAUGGGAAACUGGAAAAUAAUUGGAUCGCAUAA